UCAGCCCCCUCAUCUCGGCAGCUGGGUGGUCAAAGUGGUGAAAACCCUGCUGCUGAGGAUGGGCUGCUCGUAUGAGGCCACCUUUCUGGAGGACCAGGGCGGCUGGGAACUCCUGGAGCAGGCGGAGAACCACCACCGGGGAGUGUCCCUGCUGGCCAGGGCCAUGGUUCACUACUCGUGUCAGGAGCUGUGCCGCAUCCUCUACCUGCUCAUCCCGCUCCUGGAGCGAGGCGACGAAAAGCACAAGAUCACUGCCACCGCCUUCUACGUGGAGCUUCUGCAGAUGGAGCAGGUGCGGCGGAUCCCGGAGGAGUACUCUCUUGGGCGGAUGGUAGAAGGCCUGAACCACCAGGACCCCAUCAUGAAGGUGCUGUCCAUCCGAGGCCUGGCCAUCUUGGCCCGCAGGACUGAGAAGAAUGCCAAGGUGCAGGCCCUCCUACCCUCUAUGGUGAAGGGCCUGAAGAGCAUGGACGGGCUGCUGGUGGUGGAGGCGGCCCACAACCUCAAGACCAUCUUCAAGGGGCAGGACCGGAAGCUGACGGACAGCUCCGUCUAUGUGGAGAUGCUGCAGAUCCUGCUGCCACAUUUCAGCGACUCUCGAGAGAACGUGCGCUCCUCCUGCAUCAACCUGUAUGGCAAGGUGGUCCAGAAGCUGCGGUCGCCCUGCACCCCAGCCAUGGAAGAGCAGCUGAUCAGCACCUUGGUGCCCCUGCUGCUGAUCAUGCAAGAGGGCAACGCCAAGGUGAGCCAGAAAUGUAUAAAGACCCUGUUCCGCUGUUCUUGCAUCAUGGCAUGGGAAUUGCCAAAAAGAGCUUAUAGCCGGAAGUCCUGGGACAACCAGCCGCAGACGGUGGCCAAAAUAUGCAAGUACCUUGUGACUACACACCAAGACAGCACCUUCACAUUCCUCAGCCAGAGCCUGGAGUAUGCCAAGAAUUCCCGGGCCUCCCUCCGGAAGUACUCAGUCAUGUUCAUAGGGUCCCUGGUCCCCUGCAUGGAGAGCAUAAUGACAGAAGACCGUCUGAAUGAAGUUAAAGCAGCUCUGGAAAACCUGAGACACGACCCAGAAGCAUCAGUGUGCAUCUACGCGGCCCAGGCCCAGGACCACAUCCUGGCCAGCUGCUGGCGGAACUCCUGGCCACUACCGCAUGGGGACUCGUGGGUGUGUGACCCGGCCACCACGCACCGCUGGAGCCCCAGCUGUGAGAACCUGCCCACUUCCCACCAGCAGCGCUCCUGGAUCAUGCAGGCCCUGGGCUCCUGGAAGAUGUCCUUGAAGCAGUGAUGUCCCUGAGCCCCCAGCCCUCCUCAGGGGUGGCCAAGGCCAAAGUCAUGCCCCUAUAAAUGCCACGUGGCUUACC